UUCAGAACGUUCAACUGUAUUGUCUAGAGUCUGGUUUUUCGCAAGAGUCCUAACCUGUCGGUUGUGCUUCAUCUGGAUCGCGGCAUUUCAGCUGGAGGAUAGCUCCAUCGACGAGUACGUCGUGUUCGCGUCCGUGUAAUCGCGUUGCGAAGUUUCUUCUUCGCGGUUGGGGCUAUUAAUCGCAAGAUAACAGUUUGAGGACGCGGCGAUGACGGAGAGCUGAGAGUACAGUUCUCUACUCGUGUAUGAGAGAUGAGUGGUUCUAGACUUGGCAGAGGCCGAGUCGGCCGCCUGGCCGUGUACGGGGGUUGCGGGGUGGUGGGUCUUCUUCUAGUGUUCCUCUACCGCGCCGCCACCUCAGAGAUGGCCAGGCUUCGGGAACUUCACAUUCAAUGUGCUCAUCAACAGGAGGCUCUGGCUGCUCAGCUUCAAGUGAUAUUCGAGUACAAAGUGAGGCUGGAAAGAUCCUUGGCUGAGGAAAAGAGUUCAAAUGCAGCAGUGAAACAAGAACUGCAACAGCGUGCAUCUAGAGAAAAGUCCCUAAGAGACAAGGAUAGCAUAGAGGCAAUGCAGAGAUUCAACUCUUUGCAACAAACUUACAAGCUGCUGCAGACAGAGCACCAGGAUUUGCAAGAAGAAUGUAAGAAGCGUGAUCAACAAGCUCUAGAAGACACUAGUAAACUGGAGACAACGCUCAGAGAACUUCGUAGUCGUAUCAGACAAGCAAGAGAGGACAAAGAGAAAGCCUUGGAACAUUUAAAGAAUAAGUUUCUGGAACUGGACACCCAGAAGAAUGAACUGGAACAAAAGUACAAUGAUAUGUUAAAGAGCAAUGGGGAUACUGAUAGCACUAUUGAACAUCUCAGGAAGGAAGUGUUUCAGUUGAAGCAUGAACUGGAAGAAGCCAGGAAAACAUCACGCAAAACUACUUCUCCAGAGCCAAACGUAGCCAAUCCGCACCCUUCACAAGCGAAAUCCGCAGACGCAGAAAACGCAGGACAGCUUGUUAAUCGGAUACAGCAGCAACAGAGCACAGUGGCCACGAGUUCGAUGAAGUCGAUCCCAGCCGUGAAGCUGGAGACUUCAACGCCAGCAACUAGCGGCAAUCCAGUGUCCAUAUCCGUGGAUAAGGCGCUUCCGGUUCCGAAACCGGUCCCGAAGUCCAAGCUUCCUGUUGGCGUGCCACCCAUUCCGAUUAUGAUCGAUCAAAAAUUGGAAAAUCGCGAGGAGAAACAAGACGAAGUAGCCAGGAAGAAGGAAGAGCCCAAACAGAAGAUUAAUGUCAACAGUAAAGAGCAAGAAGGUGAAAAUGGAAAUCUAGAUCCUCCAUUUCCAGCUGUUCCAGCUAGAAGAGCCGAUGACCAAGUUCCAGAUAGAAGAGGAAAUGGUUGGUUCAAUGUUGGGCCUGGCAUACAGGAGAUUGGAGAUGAAUUGAAUCACAUUCGUCUUGCUGGCCUUGAUGCUGGUGCUGAACGAAUAGCUGAUAUUGGAGAUGAUCAGUACGAAGGAGUUGAAUAUGAUAAAGAACCCCAGCAGAAGGACAGUGAUUUAAGAUUAGUUGAAGGUGAAGAUGAAGGUGAAGAUGAGGAUGAUCAAAUAGACUAUCCUCACAAUUUAAAGCAAGAGAAAAGGGAGUGAAGGAUCUUUUUUUAGUAAAGAUGCCGUAAAGUGGACUGGUUUGGCAGAUUUGAACAAACAGUUCUUAUUCAAGAGUCUUAUUUAAGAGAAAAUCAAUUAUUGUCUACUAAUUAACAUCUACUAUCAGUCUACUCUUCAUCUUGCCAUUACUUAAUGAACUGACUUAGCUGCUAACCAUCAUUUAUCAUAAAGAAGAGAGAAAGAAGAUGGAGCAAGGAUUCUCAAUGAUAGAUGCACCAUUUUACUUUUUUAUCUACACGUUUUUUUGGGGGAAACCUCUUAUGGGGAUCUAGCCAAAAAGAUUUAGAUAGUCUAUACUCUAUACAGAUGCUAUUUAAUAGCCACUGCCCAACCAACAUGAGUAGAUUGUAUUUUUAUUCAUAAGCUCGUUGUUUGGUUCGAGCAGUGUGUGAAUAGAAAAAAAAACAGACUGUAUUUUUCUAGAGCUAAUUCUAAGGUAAAAAAGACGCGAGUUAUAUAAAGUUUCCAUGGAAAGAAAAGCCUCUUUCAGAGAUUCACUCUUUCAUUGGCAGGGGAAGAAAUACUUUGUUCAUUUAAUUAUACAGUGUUUAUGUAUUUAACAAACAGUACAAUUUUGUGAUAAAUGUCACAGUAGUAUUAGAAUGAUUACUGUAUUGAUUUAUAAGUAUUUGUUGAGGCAUUUCUUUAGGAAAAUUCCUUGUCUAUUAAAUCUAAUCUAUUCAACAGACUCCAUAAAGUUAGAGUCUUCUAAUAUAGUGAAUUCAUUUAUUUUGCAAUUAAUCUGUGUUAACAAAAACUUAAUUCAGAAGAAAAUGUUCUGUCCUGUAUCAUGUGUUUAAGUAUGUAGGAUGUAGGUAACUAAUUAACAACUUAGAGUGUUAAAUGUUCUUACACACUUAUGGAAUUCUAAGAGAAUACUUCCUACUUGUUCCUUUCUAAAGUGGUAUAUCAAUCACUCGAUUAUCAGAUUUUCGUGGAGCAUGAGCGAUUGGUAAGAAGCUUAAAAGAUGAAAUAUUCUGCCAGUGAAAGAGUCCAUGAUUUCUUUCAACAAUCCGCCAAGGUGGAGUUGUGACUUAAAUGCACUUAUUACUUAAGCCGUCUUGUUGGAUAUUUUUUAAAUAGAAUUCAGCAAUUCAAUCAGCCGACUGUUCUUAUUGAAACCGUGCAAUACGAUCGGUACAAGGGUACACGUGAUUUAUUUAUUGCCUAUCAGUCGUCAUUCUGGCGCUAACAAUCAAGACUUAACAGAGUGAAAGGAACUACUUUAAGGAAUUUAUUAAAGAUAUAGAUUAAUAUUUGUUAUGAUCGUAGAUAUCUACUUAUACACUGACACAGAGAAAAGUGAUCCAUAUGUACAUAAGAGUUUUUUCAUAAUAAAAGAUUGAAAAAC